AAAUGCUACCAACAUCAUCAUAUUAAAAAAAACGAUUGUCUAUUAUUAUCACUUCUUGACUGUCAGUGUCAAAAAAAAUCGAAAACAAGUUCUUCGAUAGGAUUUUGUGGUGUUAUCUAACCAAGUUUCCCGAAAAUGGGUAUAAUUAAAAAGACCACUGGUCUGGUGGGUCUGGCUGUAGCUCCAAAUGCUCACCACACGCUCGGCGCCUUGUAUGGCAAGAUCCUCAGAACUAUUCAGAAGAUGCCUGAAACUUCAGUAUACCGAAUAUAUACUGAGCAAAUCGUCCGUGAGAGAGCUUCUGUAGUCCAAACGACUAAAGAUGUUUAUGAACUUGAGAAUCGUAUCAACUGUGGCCAGGCCGAGGAGCUUAUUAUUCAAGCUGAAAAUGAACUAACCCUGGCUAGAAAAAUGCUGAAUUGGAAGCCAUGGGAACCUCUCAUGGCUAAGCCUCCUCAAGGCCAAUGGGACUGGCCCCCAGCAAAGCAAUGAAUUUUCUCAGCAAAUGGACUACAAAAAUACAAAAUUUAGUUGUGGCAAUUUUUAGAAUAAAAUUUGAAAUAAAUAUUUAAUUUACUGUUUAUAA